AUGAGGCGAACCAUACACCCCAAAGAUUCCCCACUCUGCAGGGGUAUACUGGAGCAACCUAUGGAGAAAGUGAAGAUGCCGACGUGCAAAUACAACGGAACCACAGACCCCGAAAAUCACUCCACCGCUUUCGAACAACACAUGAUGCUGUAUUUUGACUCAGAUGCCAUGUGGUGCAAAGUGUUCCAGACCACAUUAUCAGGGGUGGCAGCCGAUUGGUAUAAGAAGUUACCGGCCGGAUCGAUAUUCAGUUUUCGGCAGAUACAAGAAGACUUUGUGAGGCGAUUCAUUAGCAAGGUUGAACGAAAGAAAACAUCUGGAGAGCUGAUGUCAAUCUCACAAAGGCCGAAAGAAUCGCCGAGAGAGUACCUUACUCGGUUUAACAACGAAUCCAUCACAAUACCAGAUUUACAGCAAGAAAUAGCCGUCUUGGCUCUGUUGAGAGGGAUGCAAGAAUGCGAGUUCAAAAGAUACCUGGGAAGAAAAUCAUUUACCUCGCUGGGGGAGGCCUUGAGAAAAGCAAACGAGUAUAUCAGGAGUGAUGAGCUGAUGCUAAUAUCACCCAUAGGGGGAAAUCAGGCAGUACAAUCGGCCAAUAAGGAUCAUGUUCCCAUACAGCAACACAAUUACCGGAAAGAUAACGGUAGAAAGGAGGGCCAUCAGCAGAGAGGGGGAUAUCCGAAUAGACAACAGCCGGUAGGGGCGUAUCAGGUGUACACUCCCCUGAACACCGCCAGAGCCACGAUCUACGCAGUAAAUAAAUCGGCAACGUGGAGAAAACCGUUACCGAUGGAUGCCCCAGGUAACAAUAAGAACUUUUGUGCUUUUCAUAAUGAUCAUGGUCAUUACACGGAGCAUUGUAAAGAGCUCAAGGAUAACAUCGAAGAGCUGGUAAGAAGGGGAUACCUAUCCCAGUACAGGGUUCGACAGGAGGGCCAGGGAGGAAAUAAUAGACAGGGCAGUUCGCAUAGUCAUGCCCCAUAUACACCUACUCAGCCAGGGUAUGCACAGCCCACUGGUAGGAUUGAGCAGGCACCACCAUCCCGGCAAGAAAUCCGGUCAUUACCGGAAACAGGCAAAGAUGGGGCCGAUAGGGGAAAGAGACCCACGGUUUGGGUGAUCUCUGGAGGGCCCGUGCAUGGAGGUACAGUCAGCGGGGCGAUAAGAAAUCUAGAGGAGCACAGGCACUUGGUGAGUUACCAUAGCGCAAGGAAAUGGCCGGAACCAAUCCCCCUACCGGUCAUCACAUUCACCUCGGACGAUUGUCGCGGCAUUAUAUAUCCCCAUGAUGACCCGCUGGUAUUGGAACUCGAGAUAGCAAACUUCCCCGUCAAGAGAUGCCUGAUUGACGGAGGCAGCUCUGCGAACAUCAUAUUUUGGGAAGCUUUCACCCAGCUGAACAUAGAUCACGGAGAGUUAGCAAGGGUGAGCUAUCCCGUUAUCGGAUUCUCUGGGGCCAGCGUCUACCCAGAGGGCAGUAUCCGUUUACCGGUUCAAGUGGGUAGAGGAUUAUCAGCCAGGAACUUAAUGGUCGACUUUUUGGUGAUAAAAGUACCAGCAGCGUAUAACGUAAUAAUUGGUCGACCAUUCAUUCAUGACGCACAGGCGGUGGUGUCCACGUAUCAUUUGACCAUGAUAUAUCUCUCAAAUCUGGAAAGAACAGAAAGGGUACAUGGCAGUCAGGAGACUGCCAGAUCGUGUUAUCUGACAGCGAUAAAGGCACCAGGAAGGAUGGUGCCGAAAACCAACCUUGCCCGAGAAGCAAACAUGCCAACCAAAAGAAAGAGAGGGGAUCUGAGCAUGGAAAAUUUUGAUGAAAGGCCGGUUUGCGUCCCAAGGCCGGCUGCAGAUGGAGAAACUCGGGAAAUUGAAUUGGUAGAAGGAGUUCCAGAAAGAACGGUACGAAUAGGUGCCGAUAUGGAGGCAGAUCAGCAGGUCAAUCUUAUCGGCCUGUUACGAGAAAAUGCAGACGUCUUUGCCUUCUCUGCAGAUGAAAUGCCCGGUAUCAGCCCAGACAUCAUAGUGCAUCGUCUGAAUGUAGACAAGUCAGUCAGGCCGGUAAAGCAAAAGAAGAGAAAUUUCUCCAAUGAAAAUGCUGCAAUAAAAGAAGAAGUGGAAAAACUGCUGGAAGCAGGGUUCAUAGAAGUUUGUGACUACCCCGAAUGGUUGGCCAACGUAGUCAUGGUAAAAAAGUCAAAUGGCAGUUGGCGAAUGUGCGUAGAUUUUACCAAUCUGAAUGGGGCGUGCCCCAAGGACUGCUAUCCAUUGCCACGAAUCGAUAGACUGGUAGAUUCAACAAGUGGCCACGCUCUUUUGAGUUUCCUGGAUGCCUUCUCAGGGUAUCACCAAGUCAGCUUGUGUAAAGCCGAUAGAAAGAAGGCCGCCUUCAUCACAGAUUCAGGGGUAUACAGCUAUAAGGCUAUGCCAUUUGGGCUGAAGAAUGCAGGAGCAACCUACCAGAAGUUGGUGGAUAGGGUAUUUGCUUCCCAGAAAGGGAGGAACAUAGAGGUAUAUGUGGAUGACUCAAUAGUUAAAAGCCGAUUGGCCAGCGACCACAUCGACGACUUGAGAGAAACUUUCGAAACUCUGAGGAGGUUCAGGAUGAAGUUAAACCCCAAAAAAUGUGUAUUCGGGGUCCGAUCGGGAAAGUUUCUGGGUUUCCUAGUAAGCGAAAGGGGGAUCGAUGCCAAUCCAGAUAAGGUAGUUGCAAUUAUGAAUCUACCAGAACCCGGUUGCAUAAAGGACGUGCAAAGGUUAACAGGAAGAAUGGCCGCAUUGACCCGGUUCAUUAGCAAAUCAGCAGACAGGUCGUUGCCCUUUUUCAACGUGUUAAAGCAAAACAAGAAAUUCAAGUGGGGAGAAACAGAAAAAGCAGCCUUUGAGGCAGUAAAACGGCACCUGCAAGUCCUACCCACAAUAGCUCGACCAGAGGAAGGGGACACGCUGCAGCUAUACAUAUCUGCUUCUCAGCACACAGUAGCAGCAGUUCUGAUCAUAGAGAAAGAUAAAACACAGAUACCGGUGUACUUUGUCAGCCACAUCCUGCAAGAAGCAGAAACGAGGUACUCCUUGAUAGAAAAGUUGGGGUUGGCAGUAUUGAUUGCAGCCAGAAAGCUGAGACCUUACUUUGAUGCACACGGAAUCCAAGUCCUCACAAACUACCCACUGGAAAAAGCAAUGCAAAAAAUGGACACAUCAGGUAGACUCCUAAAAUGGGCGAUUGAACUAUCAGAGUUUCACAUGGAGUAUCGGCCCAGAAUGGCUAUAAAAGCCCAAGCACUGUCUGACUUCAUAGUCGAAGCAUCAUACCAGGAGGAGGAAAUAAAGGAAGGAAUAUGGGAAGUAGCAGUAGACGGCUCGGUCACCAAAUCAGGGGCAGGAGCAGGGGUAAUAGUUACCUCACCAGAAGGAGACCAGUUCGAGUAUGCUAUUAAGUUCUCUUUCCAGGCAUCAAACAACGAGGCAGAAUACGAAGCCGCAAUCGCUGGCAUACAGAUCUGCACGACAGCUGGUGCUCGUAGGCUCAUGCUCACAACCGACUCACAGCUGGUAGCAAACCAGUUCUCAGGAGAAUAUGAAACGAAGGAAGAAUCCAUGAAACGAUACGCCGAAAAGCUUAAACAGUCAGUGGCACAGUUGGAAAGCUUCGAAAUAAAAUUAGUACCCCGAUCAGAGAACAUGUUGGCAGACUCCCUGUCAAAACUGGCCAGCUCAAGUGCUCUGGUAAAGUCAGUAAUGAUGGAAGUCAUGCAUCGAAGGAGCACUGAAGUAUUGGGAAAAGAGGUCAUGGUAAUCACGAGCCAACCUGAAUGGUAUGACACCAUGUGGGCAUACAAGAGAGAUGGAACACUGCCUGCAGAAAAAACAGAAGCAAGAAGGUUGAUUAGGAACUCAUGCUGGUUUGUAAUCAUCAGAGGCCAACUCUAA